CGAAUUUAGACAGAAAAAAUAUCAAGUCACUCCAUCAAAGACUAGAGAGUAGAGAGUUUACAAAAGAAAAUAGAAAAAAAAGGAAAAUCCCUUGAUUUUACCUUUCUCUCUUUUUCGUCUCCGUCUCGACAAUUUCAAUUAUUUCUCUCCUCCGCAAUCUUCCCUUUUCCCGUGCUUGUCGUUGAUUUCAAAAACCCAAAAUUUUCUUGUUCAUAAUCACAGUCAAUUUUCCCUAUCGGGAUUCAUUUGAUUCAGCAUCUUUGAACUUAUCGACGAAAAAUCAAGUAACUUAAAACCCUAAUUUUUUCGAUUGUUGGGUUACUCACUUGAUCUUCAUGUUUGGAAACCCUAAUUUUACCUAGGGUUUCUGAUUCGGGAAUUUUUUAGUGUUGGGGGAUUAGGGUUUAGGAUUUCAGCUGGAAUUUCUGUUUUAUUGGAUUCAGAAAUAAUAGUUAGGUGAAUGGUGGACGCAGUAUGCUGCUGAUAGUUUGGAGAAAUGCACCGUUAUCAUGCUGGUAGUUGCGCUAGUGCUGUUAAUAACAACACUGCUCUUGGAGGUGUUUCCAGCAGAGACUCGAGUGUUCGAAGUGAUUCGUCAUCGUUGUCUUCGAAUUUCUCUGUAAACUCGAGGUAAGGUCACGCUGAUAGCACAACCCCAUUUGCAAGGACAACAAAGGAGGGCUUAAAAUUUAUUUCACUCUAUAAGGAAUAGACUUAUUGGUGCUUAGCCUCUCCAUUGCUCUUGGUUUUCAUCGAUAAGACCUGCAAUCCUGCCGGUCAUCAACGGUCACAACCAAUUAAAGUGAAUAUGGGAAGUGAGAUGAAGAGAAAGAUGGAGACAGACGAAAAGCAGUAUAUAUAUAAGAAAGAACCGAGCAAUUUGAAAAUGCCUUCCACGGACCAAGACCUCACUGAUAUCAUUCUGCAGAUCCAUACUUCCAAAACUCCUGCAGUAAUCAGCUAUGGUGCUACUUGGUGUCGGAUUUGCAAUCAGAUUCUUCCUGCAUUCAAGCAAUUCAGCAAAGAGUUCCCAAAGCUUUCCUUUGUAUAUGCUGAUAUAGACGAGUGCCCCGAGACCACUCAGCAUAUUCGCUACACACCUACAUUUCAAUUUUAUCGUGAUGGUGAGAGGGUUGAUGAGAUGUUCGGGGCUGGAGAAGAAAGGCUACAUGAUCGUCUUUGGUUGCAUUCUUAACGUUAGUUAUCUUCGUUUCACCUGUACGGUAUAUUCUGAAGCCGCCAUAGCCAAAACAAGCAUUUUUAGCUAAUUUUAGAACAUUUAUGUUUGUUAUUACGUGCAAGUGUUUUGAAAUUUGAAGUAACUCAUGUCUUGGCCUUGCCCCGAAAGAACAUAAGCCUUGUAAUCGUACGUUAUAGAUUUGUUCCUACUUUUAUAGAUGACAAUUGAAACAA